CUAAGCUUCUCUCCAUUCCUUGUCUACAUUACCUCUCAUCUGAUAAAAGGAUGAACUCUCUUUCUUCCACCAUGAGGGCUGUUAGCUGGCUAGCUAGCUAGAGAGCUUGAUCACCCAAAAGAUGAAUUCUCUCAAAUUCUACAUUAUCCUGCUCCCGUUGCUUACCCUUGCUAUUCUCACUCUAGCACAGGAGGAUGCCAAUUAUCUCUAUCAUAAUUGCCAAAACGCAACCACCUCCACAAUAAACAGCACCUACCGAGUCAAUCUAAAUCUCCUCCUCUCUUCACUUGCCUCUAAUGCAACCCUGAAUAAUACCAUUGGAUUCUACAACACCUCUUUCGGGAAGAACACUGAUCAAGUGUACGGCCUGUUUAUCUGCCGUGGCGAUCUUAGCAACACUGUUUGCCAAAAUUGUGUCACCUUCGCCACUGAAGAUAUAGUCCAGCGUUGCCCAAUCGGAAUAGCGUCCAUUGUGUAUUACGAUGCGUGCAUCCUACGUUACUCAAACAGGAACAUUUUCUCUAAGGUGGAUCAAAGCCCUGGUUUCUCCUUGUUAAACACACAAAAUAUCACAACCGAACCCCAGCGUUUUAAUAAUCUAGUGGGAGCCACCGCGAAUGAUUUGGCUGCUCGAGCUGCAAGUGCUCCUCCAGGUGCUAAAAAGUUUGCCGUGAACAAAACGUCUUUCAAUGCGUUCCAAAAUAUAUACAGCCUUGCCCAGUGCACACCGGAUUUAUCUAGCUCUGAUUGCAAUCGAUGUCUCAGUGCAGCUAUAGCUGGAUUGCCCAAUUGCUGCAGCAGCAAGAUAGGAGGAAGAGUCUUGUUUCCUAGUUGUUAUAUUCAUUAUGAAAUUACUGUAUUUUAUAAUGCAACGGCAGUUGCAGCGGAGUCACCGCCUCCUCCUCCUCCGCCCGUGGUUCUUCCUUCUCCUCCAACUCCUCGUUCACCAGAAGAGAAAGGCGGUGUCCCGACAGUUUUAAUUAUGGCCAUUGUCAUUCCCUUUGCUGUUUCUAUCGCGCUUUUCUGCAUGUGUUUCUGUUUCCUGAGGAGGGCAAGAAAGACCAGAGAUUAUGUGCCAGAAAAUGAUGUUGGAGAUGAGAUUACCACCGAGGAGUCCUUGCAAUUUGAUUUGAGUACUAUAGAAGCUGCCACGAACAAUUUUUCCGCUGAUAACAAGUUAGGUGAGGGAGGAUUUGGUGAGGUUUACAAGGGAACACUUCCUAAUGGACACCAAAUUGCUGUGAAGAGGCUAUCAAAAAAUUCUGGACAAGGUGCAGCAGAAUUUAAGAAUGAGGUUGUAUUGGUAGCCAAGCUUCAACACAGGAAUCUAGUGAGGGUGCAAGGGUUUUGCUUGGAUGGAGAAGAAAAGAUUCUUGUCUAUGAAUUUGUCAGCAACAAAAGCCUUGACUACUUUCUAUAUGACCAUGAAAGGCAAGGACUGUUGGACUGGUCCAGACGGUACAAAAUAAUAGGAGGCAUUGCACGAGGAAUUCUUUAUCUUCACGAGGACUCUCGGCUACGAAUUAUACAUCGUGACCUCAAAGCUAGCAAUAUUCUGCUAGAUGGAGAUAUGAACCCCAAAAUCUCAGAUUUUGGCUUGGCUAGGAUUUUCGUAGUUGAUCAAACUCAAGCAAGUACCAAUAGAAUUGUUGGAACAUAUGGUUAUAUGUCCCCAGAAUAUGCAAUGCAUGGGCGUUUCUCUGUGAAGUCUGAUGUCUAUAGCUUUGGUGUCUUAAUCCUUGAGAUUAUAACCGGAAAGAAGAACAGUUCCUUCUAUCAAACAGGGGGUGCUGCAGACCUUGUUAGCUAUGUUUGGAAACAUUGGAGAGAUGGGACACCAUUGGAAGUGCUGGAUCCAACUCUGACAGAUACAUAUUCAAGAAAUGAAGUAAUUAGAUGCCUCCACAUUGGAUUGUUAUGUGUUCAGGAAGAUCCAGCUAUCAGACCCGCAAUGGCAACAAUUGUUCUCACACUCAAUAGUUACUCGGUUACCUUACCAUCACCGCAAGAGCCAGCUUUUUUUUUCCAUAGCACUAUAACAGAUGAAUUGAACAGUUCAAGCAAGGAAUUUCUUUUCGAACAUUCUAAAAGCAAGUCUGUUGCUUAUUCUGUAGAUGAAGCUUCAAUUACUGAAGUAUAUCCUCGAUAGGGAGUAUAUGUAUUUUCUCUAAAAUAAGCACUGGAAAAAAAAACAUGAGGUUAAUUUUUCA